UUAAACAGAAUCGACUGAUUGUCUCUCUGUUUCCCAGGUUGAGAAGACGAUUGGUAUCGAGGCUGCUAGGUCCACCAUCAUCAAUGAGAUCCAGUACACCAUGGUGAACCACGGCAUGAGCAUCGACAGGCGACACGUCAUGCUCCUGGCUGACCUCAUGUCCUAUAAGGGUGAGAUCCUGGGUAUCACCCGGUUUGGCCUGGCUAAGAUGAAGGAGAGCGUGUUGAUGCUGGCGUCCUUUGAGAAAACUGCCGACCAUCUCUUUGACGCUGCGUACUUUGGUCAGAAGGACUCGGUCUGUGGUGUAUCUGAAUGCAUCAUCAUGGGAAUCCCCAUGAACAUCGGUACUGGACUGUUCAAGCUCUUACACAAGGCUGAUAAGGACCCCACGCCACCCAGGAGACCCCUGCUCUUCGACAGUCCCGACUUCCACAUCCCCUUGGUUACAUAGUAGAACCCUGGGCUCGUGUCUGUCCCAGUAGAACCCUGGGCUCGUGUCUGUCCCAGUAGAACCCUGGGCUCGUGUCUGUCCCAGUAGAACCCUGGGCUCGUGUCUGUCCCAGUAGAACCCUGGGCUCGUGUCUGUCCCAGUAGAACCAAAGGCACCUACAGUUACAUAGUGGCACAUCUGCAGUAUAUGUGGCCAUUGUGGGAACCAACCCCACAACCCUUACUGUACUGAUCUGAUCAAGGCACUCUCAUUGUAUAUGCUUCUUUUGCUAGCGGUGUGUGUGUAGGGUGGUGUGUGUGUGUGUGUGUAUGGGGGGGUUAGGGUGGGUGUGUGUGUGUGUGUGUGUGGGGGGGUUAGGGUGUGUGUGUGUGUGUGUGAUGGAGCAAAGAGAGCAUGGGGCCUUUUAAAGUGAAGCUUUUUGUUUUCUCUCCGUGAAGCUUCAUAUAAUAACAUCUUCCUUUUGGCUUUCUGUUUAUUGUGUUAUUUUAUACCACUGCUUCUAAUUCACAGGACUACAGGUGAGAGAGAAGUACCUGUCAAAACGUCUCCAGCUCUUCCACAAUGGAACACGGACGUUCCCCUGUAGUUUAUUUGUUUCGUCGUGGCCUCGUGUUAACUCUCUUUAUUAUGUAACUCGUUUGUUUUCCCUUUCUGAACUGACAAUAAAGUGUGCUUGACGCUGGAAAGAG